CGCUGCCUGCAUUGGCCCUCACCCAUCUGGAGAUGACACCAUUCCUGAAAGCGCUUUGGAAGCUGAAGAAUGGGAUCAUUCUGUUUUCUACCCCAUUUCUUCUUCUCCCUUUACCACUGCUAAUCAGAACCAUGGAGGCAGACUGUGCCUAUGUGAUCAUGCUGAUGGCAGUCUACUGGUGCACUGAGGCCCUGCCAUUGGCUGUCACAGCCCUGCUACCUGCUGUGCUCUUUCCUGUCUUCGGCAUCAUGAGAUCCAAAGAGGUAUGUCUGCAGUACCUGAAGGACACCAACAUGCUGUUUGUGGGGACGUUGGUGGUUGCCGUGGCAGUGGAGCACUGGAACCUGCACAAACGCAUUGCCCUUCGGGUGCUGUUCCUGGUUGGGGACCGACCAGCAUUCCUGAUGCUGGGCUUCAUGUGUGUGACCGCCUUCCUGUCCAUGUGGAUCAGCAACACCGCCACCACCGCUAUGAUGGUGCCGGUCGUCCAGGCUGUGCUGAUGCAGCUACACAAUAGGGAGGAGGAGGUGCCGGAACACCUCACUGUGGAGGGGGAGCAGGAAUAUGGGAAACAAAGAGAACUGGUGGUGGUGAAUGGGUCAGGUGUGUAUGAAGAGGUCAUGCCGUUUGAAGAGGCGGCAGAGAAGAGAAGGAUAUGUAAAGGCAUGAUGCUGAGCGUGUGUUACGCAGCCAGCAUCGGGGGCACUGCCACCCUGACCGGCACUGGGCCCAACCUGGUACUCCAGGGCCAGGUGAACCAGCUGUUCCCUAAGAAUGGUGAUGUCAUCAACUUUGCAUCAUGGUUCGGUUUUGCUUUCCCCAACAUGAUUCUCAUGCUCUUCAUGGCUUGGUUCUGGCUGCAGUUCAUCUUCAUGGGAAUGAACUUCAGGAAGUCGUGGGGUUGUGGGGUGAGGAAAUCGGAUAAGGAGGUGACUGCGCACCGGGUGGUCCGGGACGAGCUCCGCCGGCUGGGCCCUAUGUCAUUUGGGGAGGGCAGUGUGCUGGCGCUCUUCCUCCUGCUCGUCCUCCUCUGGUUCACCCGAGAUCCAGGAUUCACCACCGGCUGGGCCAGGAGUCUGCUCAGUGACAAUGCAGGGUAUGUGAGUGAUGCCACAGUAGCUGUUUUCAUUGCUGUACUGCUGUUCAUCCUUCCCUCCAAAGCACCCCGGCUCAGUUUAUACUCCCCCUGCCCUGACACAGGGUCCCAGAUCUCUGCAUCCCCGUCAGUCUUGCUCACCUGGAAGGUGGUCCAAGAUAAACUGCCCUGGAACAUUGUUCUGCUUCUUGGUGGGGGUUUUGCACUGGCCAAAGGGAGCGAGGUGUCCGGUUUGUCCAGGUGGCUGGGAAUUCAGCUGAUGCCCCUGCAGAACAUCCCCCCCUGGGCGACCGUCAUCAUCCUUUGCCUCCUGAUUUCAAUCUUUACAGAAUUCACCAGCAAUGUGGCUACAGCUACACUGUUCCUGCCCAUCCUUGCCUCCAUGUCACAGUCUAUUGGGCUGAACCCGCUGUAUGUCAUGGUGCCUUGCACUCUCAGCACCUCCUUCGCAUUCAUGCUGCCUGUGGCCACGCCCCCCAAUGCCAUCGUCUUCUCUUAUGGCUACCUUCAGGCCUCUGACAUGGCUAAGGCUGGUAUUGUGAUGAACAUUAUUGGAAUCCUGUGCUGCACCCUGGCCAUUAACACCUGGGGCAGGGCUGUAUUCGUUCUGGACUCUUUCCCAACCUGGGCCAACAUCACCAGAGUAUGAGGCCAGGUGUCUGAGGCCCGAGCCAGAGAGGGCACAGGGAGGCGUAGCACACACUUACAGGGCUGGUUCUCCGACAAGUUUCCUCUCCUAGGGCGUAAUGAAACGCUGGAUGCCUCUGGGUCACUGGAUAAAGGGGCAUUUCACUGGAAUCCUGAAAUCAAGCUUUUUUUUUUUUUAAACUGAAAACACAUGUCCUUAUAUGUAAAACUGCAAGAAAAACUGGACCAUACAAAAACUAGCUAUCACUGUCCAAUUUCAAGUUUUGUUGCAACUUGAAGCCACUGACUUUUGCAAAUAGUUAGAAUAUCCAAAUAUACACAAAAUGAAGGAAUAUGUUGGUGCAAAUUCUUAAUGAUGUGCACUUUGUGGUCUGUUAUCUAGAUUUCUAACAACAUGCCAUAAUGUGCCUAAAGAUUAAUUUAUUGCUCAUUUCUAAAAGCUUCGGCAAAGUGAAAAUGAUGUUCAUACAGAUCGUUCCUAAAAAUCCCAGUGGUGGGUAGAAUGUUCAUGGUGGUGCAUGUAAAGCGUGUCUCCAUGGCCUAAAACAGGUAAAGAAAAGUAGUGAAGAUGAGCCUGCUUUUGGUCACAAAGCAAAAUAGCAGACUGUAUAGAAUUAAAUGCAUCCUGGAGCCCUUGGAAGCCCUUUGCAAGGGAACAGGUACGCCAAAAAAAGAAUGGUGUCAUAUAAAUAGAUACUGUAUUAGAGCUUCAAUAAUUUAAAGCUUGAACGGGAUUGUUCAUACGAAUAGUAGCCUAAAUUAUACUGGACGCAGGAUGAAGCCCUGAGGGACCCCUUUUGUAAUUUCUAAGAAGUGGGAUCUAUGUCUGUGUACAUUUUCACCCUGAAUUCUACUUGAAAGAAAAUUGGAAAACCAUUUUGAAGCUGCUCAAAUUCAACCCAUAAUAUUUUCAUUUUGAGGGUGUGGUCAACUAUAUCAAAGGCCUUGGAAAUGUCUAUAAAUAAGGUAGCACAAGGUUGUUUACUUAUUAAUGAACAGUUACUGCUGAUAAUAGCAUCUCUAUGUUGUUCCCACGCAGUAAACCAAAUGUUUAAAAUGGGGUAAUUCAAAGAUUUUUCCUGUUGUGAUGAGUUUGUUGCUUUGCCUGUACAGUGUAUUAUAGUUUCUAGAUACAGCUAUUUCAAUGAUCAUCAUUGAGCAAAAGAGAUUAGAAGUAGGCUUUAUGACAACCAAUGUCAAAAUUACUGCUGAUCUACCAGCAUGCUUAUGUACUGUGUAGCAAAACAACACACACCAUAUAAUUACAUUAGUUAUAGUACUUCAUUCAUUAUUAUCUUUGGUACUCACACACACACACACACACACACACACACACAAUGAAGCAGGUGUUUUUCACCAGUUUUCUUUGAUGACUGAUUCUGAAUCAACAUUACGGAGAUGAGGCGAGUCGACCCUUAUGGCAGCUGUGGAGACAGGCAGAGACAGUCCUUACAGACAAGUGUCCCAAUAUACUAAUGCAAAAAAGCACAGCUAAUAAUUUCCUUGGUUUCUGUUUAAUAAUAAACAGUUUAUUUGAACA